AUGGCAGGCAUCAAAGUUUUCGGACACGCAGCUUCCACAUCCACCAGGAAAGUCCUCCUCGCCCUCUACGAGAAAAACCUAGACUUUGAGCUUGUUCAUGUCGACAUCUUAGCGGUGAGCACAAGAAGGAGCCUUUCCUCUCACGCAACAAUCAAGAGCGAUUACUCAGUACAUAGCUCACGAUACGCAGAAGAAGGAACCAACCUUCUCCCAGCCGACCCCAAGAACACUGCCGACUAUGCAACCAUGGCCAAUGGAAUGGAAGUAGAAGCUCACCAUUUCGACCCACCGGCUACAAAGCUUGCUUAUGAACAUGUAUUCAAGCUCAUGUAUGGCUUGACCACAGACGACGCCGUUGUCGCAGAAGAAGAGGCUAAGUUAGCCAAGGUUCUUGACAUCUACGAGGGUAGGCUCGGCGCCUUCAAGUACUGUGCCGGUGACACUUUUACGUUGACAGAUCUUCACCACAUUCCAGUGAUUCAAUACUUGCUCCAAACUCCCUCCAAGAAGCUCUUCACCGAGCGUCCACAUCUCAACGCGUGGGUGACUGAUAUCACCAGCAGGCCAGCUUCCCUCAAGGUCCUUCAGUGA